AGGAGGAGCUGGGUGGCCACAGGUGCAGCCAGACUAGGAAGCAGGAAGCUGUGGUGCUGUCUCCAGCAGACGGGGCAUUCCUCUCUAAGGCGCCCAAGGACUCACAGGGAUGGCUCCAUCCAGCAGGGACGUGGGGAGCGAACUGCAGGAGACUGCACAAGAGCUAUUGAGCCGACUAAAAAGCCGCCAUCUGUUUCAGUCCGAGUGGGACAUUGCAGCCUUUGUGGUCUUCCUCACCUUCGUUGGGACUGUACUGGUGCUGACGCUCCUUGUCUUCCUGCACUGCUGCUGCUGCUGCUGCAACUCCUCCAGCCCCCCAAAGAGAAGACCCAAGGGCGUAGACAACUUAGCCCUGGAGCCAUAGUCCAGUGCCACUGCCAGAAGGCCUUGGAUGCAGACUUCUUGAUAAUCAGGACCAGCACCAGCUCACCCAUAGCCCACACCCUGGAGCAACAUUAAAGAAGUCACACUUCAUCUCUCUGGCA